GAUGAAGAGAUGAAGGGAUGAAGCUGAUUUACUGCUCUCUUUUGUUCAGUUUUCUGGUCAUUUUCUUCAAUGAAUGAUGGAGUGAUUAUGCAGAUCAGGGAGAGCAGCAGAAGUGACACUGGUCAGGUUCUGUUCAUCUAGCAAAUGUACAGCAAUAAACCUCCCACAACACCCUGGCUACACCCUGGCAACACCCUAGCUACACCCCGGCGACGGCCCACAGCUGCUAGAAUGAUGUUGAUUAAUGCAGCAGCGUUUCUCUUUGAUCUUUAUAUAAUGCAGCUCAUAUCACAUGCGUGUUGAAUUAUAUAAUAGAAGACAGUUUCACGCAUCACUGUGUGUGUGUGUGUGUGUGUGUGUGUGUGUGUGAGGUGCAUUUUGGUCUCUGAUAACAAUGCCACACGUGAGUAUGAGUGGAAGGGUCCGUAACGCCGCAGCAGGAUGAAGAACAAGAGUGUUUUCUUCAGAAUAACUGACGAUUCAUCACGAUCCGACACCCAGGCAUUUACACUGAGGUCGUGAACCCGAGUCAUGAGUGGCGCUGGAGAAGACGGUGGGCAGAGAGACGGAGCUGAAGGUGUGUGUGAGGGUUCUCCCGGUGCCGGUUCUGAUGGGAUCCCAGCGGCCCGCGAGCUGGAGGCGACAGACGUCACAGACGAUCAGAUAAAGCUGGAGGCGACAGAGAGUCAGACAGAGGACACAGUCACUCAGACGGAGAUAUUAACGCUGGAGGCGACAGACGUCACAGUCACUCAGACGGAGACAUUAAUGGCGACAGAGAAUCAGUCAGACGACACAGACGCUCAGAUGAAGCUGGAGGCGACAGACGUCACAGACACUCAGACAGAGACACCAAUGCUGGAGGCGACAGGCGUCCCAAACACUCAGAUGAAGCCGGAGGCGACAGAGAGUCAGACAGAGGCUCUGAUGAAGAAGCUGGUGAACAGCUCGCGUGUUCCUGAAACACUAGAGACUCAGCGUGCUGGAGACGCCACACACCUGUGCAGUGAGAUGCAGUACCGCGAGGAAGCACUCGGAGAUCUGCGUUUGAGUCUGUAUUCUCUGAUGCCCGACACGCGUGACACGGAGUUCGCUAGAGAGAUGACGGAGCUGCAGAGUGAGGUGAGAUACCGAGCCGACGGGAGGAAGAAGCUGUCCUCUAGUCUGUUCUCUCAGCUGCCCGACACGAUGGACACGCAACACGCCAAAAACAUGACGGACCUGCAGAGCCAUGUAACACACACUCAUCACGCGUGUUCACCUGUCCGCUGUCAUGUGACUGGCUGCACUCUCACACUCCUCUGUGUGUGUCUGGCAGAAUAA